AUGCGACAACAUGUGAGUACGAAGACGCAGGGGCGUGUCAAGCAGCAGCAUCUUAAAGAUCCGCACACACUUACGGAUGAAUUUUAUAGAAAUACACCAACCUUUCGCGCGGGUGGUCUCGUGACCCCUUUGGGCAUGCUGCAGCUCCUUUCUGCAUUUGUGCUACUUGGCUAUGUGUUCGGUGGUGCAAUGCUCUUUUGCAUUGUAGUAUUAAUGGUUCUGGGUCUUGUGCUCCUGCAUCAUAGUGAACCGAUUGAUCUCAAGCAGGGAAUGAGCUUUCAACAGGCUAUUAACCGGCUAUAUGCUUUGCGGCGCAGUGUACUGGACUAUUCGCUUACGCUUUCGAUCGCACAAAGUCAGCAGUCCAGAAAGAACCUGCAUCACUUUGUGUCGCCAGCCAGCUUCGAACCGAAAUCGGUGGUGGCGUCUACUGCACUAGAAUCGAACUUGAUUGUUCAGCACACACAGAAUAAGUUGACACCUUUGAAGAUGAAUCAACAAAAAAUGAAUAUGUUGCCAGCGAUCAAUUUUCUCGCCAUGAAACCCGCCGAAUAUCUAUGGGAGGUGAAACGCAGAGCUCACUCUGAACCGAAGCAAUUGCUGCGAUGUCGACCACUUUUGCCGCUUCUGCCGAAGAUGCUGCAUCAAGACCUGGUUCAACACAAGUACAACAGUAUGAUCAAAACGGCGGUGUUGCUAUCGCCAAAGGUUUUGGAACAACAAAUGGAAAUACAAGAACAGCCGAUGGAUGGAUAUGUUAAGCCUGGAAAGGUGCAGCAAGAGAGUAAAGCGGAAGUAACAAGUAGCAAGGACAGUUUUGCCAUACUUCUCAAACACGUAUCAGAGGUUGAGUCUGUGGUAGAAAUCAAAGUGGCGAAGGCGGUUCCCCCAACAAUGACAGCCAACUCAGGACCAAGUGCAUUGGUCGUGACUCAGCUUUCGGUUUAUCCUAAGCCGAAGCCUUUGGUGGAAAUUGCUUAUGGCGAACCAGCUGUAGAACGAGAGUUGGUCGUCACUCGCAAGGUGCUUCUUUACUCUAGCUCGAGAAGCGAUUUGGUUAAAAAACUGGAAGAGCAGAAAUCGGAGUGUGACGCUAGAUACGAUGUGGAGUUGGACCUAGCCGUUGAGGAGCAAACGGAAGAAGAGCUAAAGGAAGAGUCAGUUGAAUCUGUCUCGUCAAUCGAGGCUUUCCCACCGUUGUUACCGAUGACGGUACCUUUGGCGCCGAAGUUCCCGCAUAUCACCAACGGUAUGGAACCAAAUUUUCUCCUGGACAUUGAACUAGAGCCAAUGUCUGCACCAGAGAAAAAGUUUGUCUCUAUCGGCUCUUUGCAAUGUAAACAAGUCGAAAAUGCAGAUUUAAAUAUGAUGCUGGAGGAGCUAGAUGUGAUGCAAUCGGAGCUUGGUGCUGUAAUGGCUUGUUGCACAUCGCUGCUGAUAGGCGAAGUAAUGGGGUGA